UGGCGGCUGUGUGGGGACUUAAGGUUUAGAUUGGUUUGGCUGGGGAUGCCUGACUCCUUCGAUAUCCUGAAGAACCGGACAGACCCAGUGUCAGGGUACGGACAGGUAGAACACGGACUGGCGGGUGAGGAUGGAACGCGUCCGGCAUGGGCAAUAGCAGUUCUGGCGAGUGUGUUGAUCUUCACUACGGUGGUGGACGUGCUCGGCAACCUGCUCGUGAUCAUUUCGGUAUUAAGGAACCGAAAGCUGAGGAAUUCUGGUAAUGUGUUUGUGGUUAGCCUGGCGUUUGCAGACCUGGUGGUGGCUUUCUACCCCUACCCCCUGGUCCUCUAUGCGCUCUUUCACGACGAAUGGUCCCUCGGUGACACGCAGUGCAUGGUGAGUGGCUUUCUCAUGGGUCUCAGCGUGAUCGGCUCCAUCUUCAACAUCACGGGCAUCGCCGUGAACCGCUACUGCUACAUCUGCCACUCUUUCUCCUACCACCGCCUAUACAGCUUCCGCAACACGCUGCUCUUCGUCGCCCUAAUCUGGCUGCUCACCGUCCUGGCCAUCCUCCCCAACCUGUUUGUGGGCUCCCUGCGCUAUGACCCCAGGGUCUACUCCUGCACUUUUGCCCAGAACGUCAGCAGCUCCUACACUGUGGCCGUGGUGGUGAUUCACUUCCUGGUCCCCAUCGCCGUGGUGACCUUCUGCUACCUACGAAUAUGGGUGCUGGUCAUCCAGGUGCGGAGAAAAGUGAAGACCAACGAGGGCCCCCGCCUUAAACCGAGUGACAUGCGGAACUUUGUCACAAUGUUUGUGGUCUUCGUUCUAUUCGCCAUCUGCUGGGCUCCACUCAACUUGAUUGGCUUGGCUGUAGCCAUAGACCCGCCCCGUCUGGCCCCUCGCAUCCCUGAGUGGCUGUUUGUGGUCAGCUACUUCAUGGCUUACUUCAACAGCUGCCUGAAUGCCAUCAUCUAUGGCCUCCUCAACAGAAACUUCCGGAACGAGUACAAGCGCAUUAUCACGUCUGUCUGGGUGUCUCGCCUACUGUACACAGAGACGUCACGGGCCGCCACAGAUGCCGGUAGAAGCAGACCGUCCCCGGGGCAGCAGUAUAACAACAACGAGUCAUUCAAAGACCUGAAAGAAAGUCUGAAAUCUUAG